AUGAGGGCCAGCACCCAGCACCCUUGGCUGCGGGCAGAGCUGCCGCAGGCCGCCGCUGCUCGAGGUGGGAGGUGGUGCGGUGUCGAGGUAUCGGGCCGGCAGGGGCAAACGGGGACCGGGCCAGGCACGCCGGCGUCGAGGGCGAAGAGAGAAGGGGCCGGCACCGGUGGGCGAGGUGGUGGCCGGAAGGGGCAAUGGGGGCCGGGGCCGGCGGGGGCAAAAGGGGACGGGGCCGAGCACGGCGGCGUCGGGGGCGAAGAGAGAAGGGGCCUGCGCCUGCGGGCGAGGUGGUGGCCGGCGGGGGCAAACGGGGGGAUGGGGCCGGGCACGGCGGCGUCGGGGGAGAAGAGAGAAGGGGCCGUGCCGGCUGGCAAGGUGGUGGCCGGAAGGGGGCGACAGGAGCCGGGGACGGCGGCCGGCUAG